CCCUUAGUUACCGCGCGUUGCUGCCGCUGCUCUGCAGUUGGAGGGUCCGCGGAAACAUGGUGGCGACCCCGCAGGUGAAUAUGGAGGGAGAGCUUCGGAAUAUAAUUGUCUUCAAUGCCUCCAAAAAGGAGAUUUUUUCUAUGAGCAAUGGCUAUAGGAUUUUACAGAAAAAACUUCGUAGUAAUUGGAAAAUACAAAGCUUAAAAGAUGAAAUCACUUCAGAGAAGCUGGCUGGAGUAAAACUGUGGAUUACAGCAGGACCCAGAGAAAAGUUCACAGCUGCUGAAUUUGAAGUUUUGAAGAAGUACCUAGAAAGUGGUGGGGAUAUUUUGGUGAUGCUGGGAGAAGGUGGUGAAUCUCGAUAUGAUACCAACAUCAACUUCUUAUUAGAAGAGUAUGGGAUCAUGGUCAACAAUGAUUCUGUGGUGAGAAAUGUGUAUUAUAAAUACUUCCAUCCUAAAGAAGCUUUGGUCUCCAAUGGAGUUUUAAAUCGGGAAAUUAGCCGAGCUGCAGGAAAAACAGUGACUGGCAUAAUAGAUGAAGACAACAGUGGAAAUGAUUCACAGGCUCUCACUUUUGUGUAUCCGUUUGGUGCUACACUAAAUGUGAUGAAACCAGCAGUUGCUGUUCUAUCUACGGGAUCUGUCUGUUUUCCUCUUAAUAGACCUAUCUUGGCUUUUUAUCAUUAUAAGAAUCAAGGUGGCAAGCUAGCUGUGCUAGGAUCUUGUCAUAUGUUCAGUGAUCAAUAUCUGGAAAAAGAAGAAAACAGCAAGAUCAUGGAUGUACUUUUCCAGUGGCUUACAACAAGUGACAUCCAUUUAAACCAAAUUGAUGCAGAAGAUCCAGAGAUAUCUGAUUAUACAAUGCUUCCGGAUAUAGCCACCCUCUCAGAGCGACUGCGAGUUUGCCUGCAGGAAGGAGAUGAGAAUCCACGAGACUUCACAACACUUUUUGACAUGUCCAUUUACCAGCUAGAUACUACAGCACUUCCCCAAAUCAUCAAGUCUUAUGAGCAGCUGAAUGUGAAAUAUGAACCACUUCAGCUUAUUCAGCCUCAGUUUGAAACUCCACUCCCUGCACUCCAGCCAGCAGUUUUUCCACCAGCCUUCAGAGAACUGCCUCCUCCCAGCCUGGACCUGUUUGAUUUAGAUGAAACUUUCUCUUCUGAGAAAGCUCGUCUUGCCCAAAUAACAAACAAAUGUACUGAAGAUGAUCUGGAAUUCUAUGUCAGGAAAUGUGGCGAUAUCCUAGGGGUAACUAAUAAACUGCCAAAGGAGCAGCAAGAUGCCAAACAUAUCCUCGAGCACAUUUUCUUUCAAGUAGUGGAGUUCAAGAAGCUAAAUCAGGAACACGAUAUUGAUACAAGUGAAGCUGGAUUCCAGGCUGGCUUCUGAGCACUCCAGUUUUCCCUCAAUCUGUCUCUUCUUUCAAGGAGGAGGAAGGGAUAAUAGCACUAUUUCUCUUUUGUUUCUCCCAAUAAAUUGGUGACUUCUUCCUGCCAUUUUUCUGUGCCCUAUGAGAUCUUGUAAAUAUGCAGAUAGUCCGAAACGUCAAUGCCAAAUGAGGGAUUGCCUUAAAGGCAGCAAUAAUUUUGAUACAUUUCUAUGUAUGAAGCAUUCCAUGUUUAAUGUUUUUUUAAAAAAAUAAAGAUAACAUUUUGUACUUCUUGGAAGUACUUGCUUCUGGCUGGGUGUUUGUUUUUU